AUGAACUUAUGGGUUCAUUACAAGCCCAUGAAGAAAGACUCGGAAGAAAUAAGCAUGAACCGGUGGAGGAAGUACUCCAAACUCGGUUGUCAAUCCAAGAUGAGAAGGAACAAAGACGGGAACCCGUGCAAGUUCGAAGCACUAAUCAAGAUCGAGGUCGAGGUCAUCGUCACUUUCAUGGAAGAGGCCGUGGACGAAGCAGGGGGGAAUUUGCUCGCAAAGAAGGUAGCUACCAGAAUUAAAGUUUUGGUUGUGGAAGAGGCAGAAAUUCGAGAGGUCAAUGAAAGUAGUGGAGCAGAUGAAAAUGCAAACUUGGUGAAUGAUGUCGAUAACGUUCUUUUAUUGGCAUUCAAAGAAGAUGUAGGAGAAAAGAGUGAUACGUGGUACUUGGACACUGGAGCAAGCAACCACAUGUGCGGAAGAAAGGAGAUGUUUGCCGAGUUAGAUGAGACAGUCAAAGGGAAAGUCUCAUUCGGUGAUAAUUCCCAAAUUCUUGUUGAAGGCAAAGGUGCAAUCCAGAUUCGUUUGAAGAAUGGUGCACUUCGGUUGAUUUCUAACAUUUAUUAUGUUCCAAAAAUGUCAAGCAAUAACUUGAGUUUGGGACAGCUUCUGGAGAAAGGAUAUUCUGUGCACAUGAAAAAUCUUAGCCUUGUGCUAAGAGAUCAAAAUAAUAGGUUGAUUGCAUUCGUGAAGAUGUCGAAGAAUAGGAUGUUCACCCUCAAUAUAAAAAAUGAAAUGGCUCGUUGCUUAAAAUCAUGUGUGGAUGAUCCUUCAUGGUUGUAG